GUGUGUGUGUGUGUGUGGCGAGCGGACGGUAUAACUGGCGUCCGGCCGCUCCUACGCUGGAAUAUGUGGCGGAGCCAUGGGCGGGCGGGUUAAACCCUGGGGCUGGACGCUGGAGGACGUGAGCCGCGACUCUGGUUACGGGGGCGCCGCCGACUCGGUCCGCUCCUCCAGCCUGUCUCUGUGCUGCUCCCCGGCCGCCCAUGGAGCGGAGCCGCGGGCCGGGAGAGCCAGCAGCAGCAGCAGCAGCAGCAGCUGCGGCUCGGUGAGCGGGGCUCUGGCCGAGGAGGCGGACAUGCUGGAGUGCCGGCUGCCCGAGCCCGAAGAGCUGCCCUGGACUCUGCAGCAGCUGCAGGCGGUGCUGGGCGCGGUGCAGCCUCCGGCGGCCGAAUGUCGGCGGGAGGUGCUGCGCCGCCUCUCCUGGCUGAUCAGCCGGCCGCUGCUGCGGGUGUCCCGCGAGGCGCAGCGGCUGAGCCUGCGGUACGGCCGGUGCGGGCGGGCGGAGGUGCAGAGCGCCCUGCGGAUGGUGCUGUCCUGGCCGCUGGCCCGGGGCUGCGUCUCGGCCGGGCUGGCCGCCCUCUCCCUCCGCAACAUGAGCAGCGGCCGCGGCUUCGGCCAGGGCAAGUCGGCCAGGUGCGGCCUCACCCUGCCGGUCGGCAGCUUCUUCAGGUGGAUGGUGGAGAGCGGGGUGGCCCCGAGGAUCCACCCGCACGCUGCCAUCUACCUGGCGGCCGGCGUGGAGAGCUUGCUGAAGGAGCUGCUGCUGCGGAUCCUCCAGAACGGGAACGGGACCCCCAAAAUCACGGUGGAAACCAUCGAGCAGACCGUCAGCAACGACUCCGAGUUCUGGGGCAUCACCCAGCCCUACCUGCAUCUGCUGUGCGGUAAGAAUGCUCACGGAAUCCUGAGCCUGCCCGAGAGCCUGAACUUAAACAGCGAGAUGAACAAGUCUGAAGGAACUCCGAUGUACAGUCAGUCCGAGCUCCGAGCUAUUGAGCAGUCUUUACUGGUUACUCGUGUAGGAAGCAUCGCUGAACUCAGUGACCUGGUUUCUCGGGCGAUGCACCACCUGCAGCCGUUGAAGUGGAUACAAUGCGGGAAUGGUACUCCCGUCCAUUAUAGACAGGGAUCACUGCACUGGGAGUCUGAGGCUCUCUACACGCUCUGCUACUUCAUGCAUUGUCCCCAGAUGGAAUGGGAGAAUCCAAACGUGGAGCCGUCUAAAGUCAGCCUCACCACAGAGAGGCCAUUCCUGGUACAGCCACCGUUGAUGGAGUGGAUCCGAGUGGCUGCAGCCCACGCUGAGCACCGCAGGAGCUUCUCCAUUGACAGUGAUGAUGUUCGGCAAGCUGCCCGGCUCCUGCUUCCUGGAGUCGAUUGUGAACCUCGCCAGUUAAAAGCUGACGACUGCUUCUGUGCCUCCCUGAAACUGGAUGCAGCAGCAACUGAGGCCAAGUUUCGUCAAGGACUGGGAUUCCGCAUGUUGAACUGUGGCAGGACGGACCUGGUCAAUCAGGCCAUUAAUUUACUGGGACCUGACGGUAUCAACACGAGAAGUGAGCAGGGUCUGAGUCCACUGAUGUAUGCCUGUGCACGAGGAGAUGAGGCCAUGGUCCAGAUGUUGCUUGAUGCAGGAGCAGAUGUGAACUGUGAGGUUCCCAGCCCAUCGCACAAAUACCCUUCCAUCCCUGUGGAGACACGGCACUGGACUGCCCUCACGCUGGCUGUGCUACACGGACACAUGGCUGCUGUUCAGUUGCUGCUCGAUGCCGGAGCCAAUGUCGAAGGGUCUGUUGGACAAGGGGGUGAGAAUUACUCCGAGACCCCCUUACAGCUGGCAGCUGCAGCCGGUAAUUUUGAAAUAGUGAGUUUACUCCUGGAGCGAGGAGCGGAGCCGAUGAUCGGGACAAUGUGCAGGAACGGUUUCUCCAUCACUCCACACGGUGACAUGAGCGCGUACAGCCAGGCUGCUGCACAUGGGCACAGGAACGUGUUCCGGAAACUGUUGACACAUUCGGAGAAGGAAACCAGGAAUGUCCUGUCCCUGGAGGAGAUUUUGGCUGAGGGGACUGAUCCCACGGGGAUGACCUCCAGUCCCGCAAGCUCCAACCGUAACAACAAGGCCCGGCUGAAUGUCCUGAGGGAGGCCAUUUAUCACAGCUCAGAACAUGGAUACGUGGACAUUACCAUGGACAUCAGAGGCUUCGGCGUUCCGUGGAACCUGCACUCGUGGUUAUUGUCCCUGAACACAGCAUUCCUGCAACACCGGAGACUAGUAAUCCAGUGCCUACUGAAAGAGUUCAGCACCAUCAAGGAAGAAGAUUACAGCGAUCAGCUCCUCUUGCAGGGUCUGCCGCUCAUGUUUCAGAUCCUGAGAGCCAGCAAGAAUGAAGCCAUCAGUCAGCAGUUGGCAGGGAUUUUUGUCCAGUGCUACGGCCCUUACCCAAUCCCCAAGUUCACAGAAAUCAAACGGAAACAGAUUUCUCGGCUAGAUCCUCACUUUCUGAAUAACAAGGAGAUGUCUGAUGUUACAUUUCUAGUGGAAGGGCAACCAUUUUAUGGGCACAGAGUGUUAUUGUUCACUGCCUCACCCAGGUUUAAGAUGCUACUUUCGAGCAGGAUGUCCUCAGACAGCUCAUCCAGUAUUUUCAUUGAAAUUGGCCACAUCAAGUACAAUAUAUUUAAGAUGGUGAUGCAGUAUCUUUAUUACGGAGGGACAGAAACCCUGCAGAUUAGAAACAAUGAUAUACUGGAGUUAUUGUCGGCAGCUAAAUUUUUCCAGCUUGAGGCUCUGCAACGACACUGUGAGCUCCUGUGUGCAAAAAUCAUCAGCGUCGACAACUGUGUCGAGAUGUAUAAUCAUGCCAAGUUUGUUGGAGCUUCUCAUCUCUCUGCGUUCUGUGAAGGAUACUUCCUGAAGAAUAUGGUCUCUCUGAUGGAGAAUGAAGCUUUUAAACAGUUAUUGUACUCCUCCGGGGAGGACUCACAGGGACAGGAUGUACUGCGUGAUUUAGAGACUGCACUGACAACAAGGAUCCAGUCAAUACACCUAUCAACCUCGAAGGGAUCCAUUGUGUGAUCCAGACAUGGCUGACUUGUUUGGCUUCGGACGUUAUGGAUUAAGCUUUGAAUCUGAUGAAAAAAUAAUUCGUUUCGCUAAGAAGUGUGGGACGAGUGACAGAGUAGUGACAGGUUCCAUUCCAGCCCUCUGUGCACUUCUUUUUAACUCUGAACAAUUCCAGAUGUUUCUCAAAGUCCCAUCAAGCUUCUUUCGAUUCACGGCCGCCAAAGCAAAUAUAAUCAUCUCCGAGGAAAACCAGAUUUUUCCAACGAUGAGGAGACUGGACUUGUGUCUGGGUUGGAGCUGUGUGUGUCUCCACAAGCAGAGUCUGGGAUCUUAACCUGUUUCAUGUUUACUGUGGCCACAGAGUCCCUUUGACGGGUGGCCUAGAGGGGACAAUGGUCAGGACAUGUCCGACACACUCGCAGGUUCUGUGUGUUUGAUGGUCAGUGAGGGAGGAAUGAGCAUUCAGAAAUUGAAGCAUUUCCCUGGAACCCAGAACAUGCAUCAGCCUAGCCCAGCUCAGCGCCAACUGGGGAGAUGGUGGCAAUGUGGCUGGACUAGCAAUCCAGAGGCUCAAGCUAAUGCUGUGGGGACAGGGGUUCAAAUCCCACUGUGGCAGCUAGUGGAAUU